AUGAGUCAGGUUGAGGUGAUCUCUAGAGAGAUGAUUAAACCAUCAUCUCCAACACCCCAAAACCUCAGGAACCACAAGCUUUCAUUCCUAGACCAAAUUGCCCCACCAGUUUAUAUUCCUCUCAUUUUCUUCUAUCAUCCUGAAUUGGGAUACGAUAUUGAUCGUGCCCAAAAAUCUCAAUUACUGAAACAAUCCUUGUCAGAUACCCUAACUCGCUUUUACCCUUUAGCCAGAAGGAUAAAAAAUGAUGUUUAUAUGGAUUGCAAUGAUGCUGGAGUUGAGUAUGUUGAAGCCCAAGUUCAUGCUCAACUCUCACAUGUUAUCGAAAAUCCCAAUAUUGAAAACCUAAAACAAUACCUCCCAAUUGAACCUUAUGGUACCAGCGCUGCUAUGGGAAGGGAGGCACUCCUAGCCAUCCAAAUCAACUUCUUUGAUUGUGGAAGUUUAGCGAUCGGCUUGUGUAUUUCACACAACAUAGCCGAUGGAUCAUAUAUAGUCACCUUCACCAAUGCGUGGGCUGCCACAGCUCGUGGGGCUAUCGAAAAUGUGAAGGAUCCCACUCGUGUCGAGGCUGUCUCGGCUUUCAUAUGGAGCCAUUUCAUAGAGGUGGCUAAAAGUAAUUUAGCUCCCAAGAAGAUAUUUGUUGCAAACCAUGCAGUGAACUUGAGAAGCAGAAUGAAUCCACCUCUCCUGGACCACGCCAUGGGAAACAUAUGGAGGAUCGCGACUGCGCUAUCAAUGUGUGAGGGUGAGAUAGGAUUUGGUGAUCUUUUGAGAAAGCUGAGGAGCGCAAUAAGGAAGAUCGACAGCGAUUAUGUGAAGAUCCUAAAAAUUGGAGAUGGCUACUUGGAUUACCUCAAGAGGGCAACAGAAAAUUUCUCUAAUGGAGAGCUUUGUUGGCGGAUUGAUGCAGUGCAAGUCGAAAAGCACGAGUACCCAUAUGGCUGUGGGCGCUCCUAG